AGAUUAAAAUUUUUUUAUCUGAGAAGAUAUGUCAGCAAGCAUGCAAAUUAAGAUUGGAAUCAUUGGAGGCUCUGGCCUUGAUGACCCAGACAUAUUGGAGGGAAGGACUGAGAAAUAUGUAGACACACCUUAUGGAAAGCCUUCAGAUGCCCUUAUAAUGGGGAAGAUCAAAAAUGUUGAAUGUGUGCUCCUUGCAAGGCAUGGGAGACAGCACACCAUCAUGCCAACCGACGUCAACUACCAGGCUAACAUCUGGGCGUUGCGAGAGGAGGGCUGCACACAUCUCCUGGUCACCACGGCAUGUGGUUCCCUCCGGGAAGAGAUCCAACCAGGAGACAUCGUCAUCAUCGACCAGUUCAUAGACAGUGACUGAUGCUGAGUGUGUGUACAGUAUUCCAACCUGGGGCAAGGCAACAACAAAGGCCAUGGUGUCAAACAGAAACAGACGGUGGCAUCCAGGCUCACAUUACUCAUCUCUGAAGGCCACGUUCUCUGACUGGUAUUUCUGAUAGUCAACGACUCAACUAUCAUCCCACAGCCACCCACCCGUUCAUCUGUCUCAUUUCCUCAUUCCCUAAAAGAACCAAUAAGAGAAGGAAAGAGAUUGUGUGUCAUGAUUGGUGGAUAGGCGAUGCUCUGAAAUGGACUCUGCACUGAGGGCCCGGGACUUGGCGGAGUACAGCUGCCACGUGUGUCACGUUGUGGCUAGAGCUGCGUCCUGAGAGGAAACCAACACUUUUUAAAACAUUUUUUUUAAAGAACUGACAGGACUUAUAGGGUUUUAAGGGCUGCUGGUUUGAAACGGGGGUUUUUGUUUUGUUCAAUAUGUGGUUUUCUAGUUUCUUGUGAAGGAGGAGGACAGUGAGGUUUUGAAUGAACUGAGACCUAGGAUCUGAUGAGGUUGUUCUGUUGACUGGCUGUUUGAUACCUUUUUGUAGGAAGUGCUUGUAUUACCUGAAGCGUUGUGGAAUGUGCUUAGGGCGUGAAUUGUGACAUACCG